GCAUAUGGCUAUUCAGUGUGCGGGUAAAAAUGGCUCGUGUGGGUCGAUUUGCAAGUAGGGUUCUAUAGAAGAAGAAAAAAUCUGGCUUUUUAUGCAGUCUGUGGGUGAUAGCUCAGUAUACUGACUGUGAAAUCUGGCAACCGUGAUGUAGAAGCGCUAUUUGACUCUACGCACAUUUUUCUCUCCAAACUCUCUGCUCCAUUGAUUUAUUGUCCCCACGAAUGUGUAAUGAUAAAGUGUGAGAGGUGAUUUUAACGCUUUGUGAACAUGUCAGAGAAAGGAGAAGUGGAUUUAACAGGUGCUAAACAAAACACUGGCGUGUGGCUGGUAAAGGUGCCUAAAUAUCUGUCCCAGCAAUGGGCCAAAGCGUCAGGCAGGGGAGAGGUUGGAAAGCUCCGGAUCGGCAAAAACCAAGGAAAAGCAGAGGUGUCCUUCACUCUGAAUGAGGACCUGACGAUGAUCGACAGCUUGGGGGACAAGCCGUCCGGGGUGCGGGCCCCCAGGGACCACCCGUUCACCAUGCAGACGGUUGGAGGACAAACUCUGGCUGUGUUCACUGAGACUCAGUCAGAGCCAUCUAAAGGCCAGUCAGAAGAGAGAUCUGAUGGCAGCACCUCAGUUUCAGGGGCGGGCCCAGACAAAAUAGCUCUGGAGGGAGUCGUGGUGCAAAGGGCUGAAUGCCGACCGGCAGCUAGUGACAACUACAUGAAGCUCAAGAGACUCCAGAUUGAAGAGUUAUCCAAGCCUUUGAGACUGUCCCAGCAACUAGAAAAGGCUGUCACCACCAACUACAAACCUGUGGCCAACCACUACAACAAUCUGGAGUAUGAGCGGAAGAAGAAGGAGGAGGGGAAGAGAGCAAGGGCAGACAAGCAGCAGGUUCUGGACAUGUUGUUCUCUGCCUUCGAAAAGCACCAGUACUACAACAUCAAAGACCUGGUGGACAUCACCAAGCAACCUGUGAGUUACCUGAAGGAGAUCCUGCGUGACAUCGGUAUCUACAACAUCAAGGGGACCCAUAAGAACACGUGGGAGCUGAAACCAGAGUACCGCCACUACCAGGGGGAGGAGGAGGCCAAGGAGGCGGAUGACUAGCCUGGUGCCGGGGCUUUGUGGCUGGGGUCGGACUGGGCUAGGACAGCCUCCUGGGGAUGACGGGGUCAUGGACUGGGGAUGCGUUGGCUAGUUUUAAUACGCUGAUCAUAAUUGAGCUAAAAGCUGCACAACAAUGUUGUACCCCAUUCCCUUCAUAGUGUACCCAUUUUGACCAAGGUUCUGUGGUAGGGACAUUUGGUAAAAGUCCGAUGCUUCA